GAGCAUUCUCCCCCUGGCGGCGGGCGGGAAGAGCGCCUGAGGCGAGGCCACGCCUCUCCACAAGACGCCGCUAUGCGCAUGCGCAGCCGCCGCACUACCACAGCCACCCCGGCAGCGGAGGCACCUUCGCGCACACCUCGCGGCUGCCAUGGGCGAAGCGACGCGGCCCCAGCGCCCCGGGAUCGGCGUAGGGGUGGUGGUCACCAGCCCCGCGCACCCCAACUGCGUCCUGCUGGGCAAGAGGAAAGGCUCGAUGGGAGCCGGCACGUACCAGCUCCCCGGAGGCCACCUAGAGUUCGGGGAGAGCCUGGCGGAGUGCGCCGCCAGAGAGACGCUGGAGGAGGCGGCGCUGCGCCUGCGCAACGUGCGCUUCGCUUCCGCUGUCAACGCCGUGUGCGCCGCCGCGCACUACCAUUACGUCACCGUCCUCAUGAAGGGCGAAGCCGAGCCGGGGGAGGAGCCGCGCAACUGCGAGCCCGACAAGAACGAGGGUUGGGAGUGGGUUAAAUGGGAUGAGUUUCCACCAGCAGAGCACCUCUUCUGGGGCCUGCGGUGCCUGAGGGAACAAGGUUACAACCCUUUUACAGAAGACCUGGAUCACCUGAAGGGGUACACGGGGAGCCAUCAGCUGGCAUGAAGCCUGGUGGUGUGACAGCCCAAAGGACCGACCUGCUUCUGUGGUGCAGAAGUCAAAAGGACGUUUCGUGUUAGCUUUGCCCAGGUCUGAACUGCAGUUAUCAACAUGUCACAUGCUGCAGUGCUUUCACCUGAGUUGUCGUGCAUCCAGGAGGUACACAAGGCUGCCUUCCAAGCAACUGCAAACAUCUUCCGUAGCUGUUAAUGAUUAAUGUUUUCCUUUAGGCAUACUGUUUUAUCUGGGGAAUCUUUAUACAGAUGAGAUGCCCUGUGGAAGUAAAUGAGAAGCUCACUUCAAGUUUACACUUGAAACAGCUGUAACAGCAUGCCCAAGGGAAAAUGAUUUGUUUAAGCAACGGUCCUGGUUUCUUCAUAAAGCUGUUUUGUAUAUCAUGCUGUUUUCCUGCAGGUAUACAUCUAACCUGGUCUAGUGUUAAAUGUGGAGGUCAGCAGCCCUACCUGCAGCAGGGGGGUUGGAUCUUGAUGAUCUCUGAGCUCCCUUCCAAGCCAAGCCGUUCUACAAUUCUAUGAUUUUGGACCAAUCUUUAAAUUUAGCCUUGUUUCAUAGCUCCAGUUGAGAUGCUUUCAGCAUUUCUAUGAAACAAAAGUCCAGUUUUCCACAGAAUGUCAUGUUCUCCUACGUUAUACUUGGAAAUCAGUAUUACAAACAUUAAAAGAUUGUUGCAGAGAAUGAAAAUUCUCUGACCCUUUUUGCCACCCCCUUUUCACCUACCUUCUGUUUGCAGUAGAACUUGUUUACAGAAGAACUUCAGAUCUCAGUUAAUUAUCAUUUCUGACCAUGUUAUUGAACCCUAAGAGGUUAAUGUCAAAGCACCUACAGUCCUCUGCUGGGUUGACAGAACUAACACAGUGAAGAAAGACUCAUUUAUAGGUGUGUAGCUCUAUGUCAGGCAGCUGCACUUGCUGGCUUAGGAAGGCUGUCAGUAUUAAACAGCACAGAUAGGUGUUCAUCCUUUACAGCUACUAUGACUUGAUUAACAUCUUAAUUUUCUGCAUGGGGUGACCCAAUAAUUGAAUUGGUAGCAAAUGAGAUCAUAGAACAUAUAUACAAAAAUGAUGGAUUUGUCAUUUUUAUAGUAACUGUAACCAAAGUUGGCUCUUCUCAGGCUGUAGAUAUUAACCAUAAACCAGGCUGGAUUUCAACCAUUAAUUUUUGGAUAGGGACGGAUUGUGACUUAAAAAAAAAAAUCACAUAACUGCCUUAUUUUUUUUUUCUCUCCAGGGUUAUUUUAAAAUACAUUUGUUUGUUUUGUUUAACUAUACCCAUUGUAGAAAAUUAUCUGAGAUGUGUUUAUUUUCUUUAAAUAAAAGCAGCACAAUAGUGGAAGAUCAA